CCAUCUUCUCCAGAAAGGCAUCAGUAUUGUCUUUAAAAAAGAGGGCUGAGGUUACCUUGCUUCAGCCACAGGGCAAAGCAGUUGAGUCUUGUAGUCUUAAAAAGGGUUGGAAAAGCAAGUUGUCUUUUCUUGGAGGUCCUGGCUUGGAUCCAUUUUGAAAUGCUCCCACAGUGUAGGGUCUGACGACUGUGCUGGAGCAUGGAGGACAUUUUACCAGCAGAGGACACUGAAGCUGAGCCAAGGAAUUUGCCACUCUUCAAAUCCAGCAUGUGGUGUGAGGAGAGGAGAUUGAGGACUUUCCAGCACUGGCCUGACAGCAAUCCUGUCUCUGCCCCUGACCUAGCCAAGGCUGGGUUCUUCUUCCUGGGCCCUGGGGACAGAGUGCAGUGCUUCUGCUGUGGAGGGAUCCUAAGAAGCUGGGAAGCUGGGGACGUCCCCAUGCUCGAACACCUGAAGUUCUUCCCUUCCUGCAGGUUUGCCUGCGGCAAAGAGGUUGGGAACGAGCAGGCGUUAUCUCUGCAGGAGCAGGAGAUGCUCCCUAUUCGGGACAUCUUGGACUGUGUGGAUGGGCAGAUCUUCAGCCUCUUGCAGAGGCUGGACACGGAGGAGACUGCCCUACCCAGCCAUCCAGAAUACCCAGAGAUGAGGAUGGAGGAGAUGCGACUAGCCACUUUCCAUAACUGGCCACCCUAUAAUGAGAUGUACCCGGAGCAGCUGGCUCGUGCAGGGUUUUUUUACACAGGUCACGGUGACACUGUAAAAUGUUUUUACUGUGAUGGUACCAUGAGGGACUGGAUGCUUGGAGAUGACCCCUGGAAGGAACAUGCUAAAUGGUUUCCAAGGUGCGAGUUUCUGCUGCAGUCAAAGGGGAGAGCAUUUGUUACCAGGGUUCAGGAGACUUCUUUCAACCCACAAGAACCUCUGGGAGACUCAUGGUCUCGGGAUGAACAAGAACCCUCUGCCAUCCAAGAUCCUAUGGGGAAUCGGGAAUUGCCAUCUCCUCUGGAUCAGUCUUCCGUAGUGCAGAAUGUCCUGCAGAUGGGCUUUGACCCCAGCUUGGUGAUUAGCUUGGCCCAGAGUAAAUACCUGCUGACUGGAACUUGCUACUUAUCUGAGUCUGAGCUGGUUUCGGAUCUGCUUCAAACAAAUGGGGAGGAGAGCAGCAGUGCAGAAGGAAGCAGAGUUUAUGCAGACCCUGCUCCAAGGGACAGCGGUACAUCGGGACUGAAGGAGGAAGCCCAAGCUGAGUGCUCCGACGAACCAGCAGGUCCUAUGCUGAGCACAGAGGAUCAGCUGCGGCGCCUGCAGGCAGAGCGGAUGUGCAAAGUCUGCAUGGACAAGGAUGUGUCCGUCGUCUUCGUCCCUUGUGGACACCUGGUGGCGUGUGCAGAGUGCGCCCCUAACCUGAGACGGUGUCCUAUCUGCAGAGCAUCCAUCCGAGGGAGUGUGAGGACGUUCCUGUCUUGACCCACGAUGCGUGCGUCGGGGCCUUCGUGGGAUCCUGGACUCUAGCUGCCUCUUUCCUCCACUGAUAGAAGAUGCGAGACAUCAUCUGCUCCAAAAUAUAAUUGUUUGUUUUAAAAAGGACAAAGUCACAACUUGGUAUCUCAACUGAGGAUCUCCAUGAUGCUGUGACCAGAACACUUGGCAGUAUGCUCUUCCAUCCUCUUAUUUCCUUUUUUAACAGAAAGAAUGGAAGCCAGCAAGCAUGGAAAAAGCUGUACAGGACACUUCAGGGGGUUGUUUGGUGACCCAGACUGCAAGUGCUUUCUAGCAAGAAGCUAAGAGAGGCCUUCUCCAACAGGAUUUGUUCAUAGGAUUGGAAAAAGAAAAGCAAACUCUCUGUAGAUUUGUACUUUAAUGUUGGAAAAAUAAAGCUAUUUUCUCUUUCAGGC